CGCUGCUGUACAGUGGGGACCGAUUUGUCGGUGCACGGAGGUUGUCGGUACAUCGCCGGACACUAUUUAAGAACUUUACAUCCGAUACUUGUCGAAAGACCAAGUAGCGGCUGAGUUCUCUACCGAUACAUCUAGGUAUAUGUAGUUCCAGAUCCAAAACAACUCCAUUGCAUCUUCAUACCAAACUCGUCUUCAUUCUACACUUCAACAUGGCAAAAUCCAUCCUCCUUAUCAACGGCCCAAACCUCAAUCUCCUCGGAACCCGCGAGCCAUCAAUAUACGGACAAUCCACACUUUCUGACGUCCUAGAAGCCGCCCAAUCACAUUGCGAACGCGCGUGCAUCACAUUUGCACGCAUCCAACCAAACCACGAGGGCAUCCUGAUCGACCGUAUUCGCGAGGCGCAGGGCAAUGUCGACGCUAUUGUUAUCAAUCCUGGGGCAUUUACACACAGCAGCGUUGCUCUGAGGGAUGCAUUAGUUGGUGUAGAUAACCCUUUUGUGGAAGUUCAUAUUAGCAAUGUGUAUAAAUGCGAGGUUUUUAGGCAUCACAGCUACUUAAGCGAUAAGGCGGAAGCGGUGAUUUGUGGAUUGGGGACGUAUGAGUAUGAGGCUGCGAUUCAGUAUUUUGCCCGGCAUCUUAAGCCCAGGGAGAAGGUGUAGGCAGAUGUUUCGAUUCUUUUGAA